AAAGCACAGAAAUGCAUUUUCACCGCCAGUUUCAGUCUAAAAGAAAAUAGCAUUUGUUUCUCUCUGAGCUUCUUGCAGAUUCUCGAGUAAAAUCCAAAUCCAUUCUUCUGAGGACAGGGUAAUAAUGAACAAUGCUUUCUAAUGGUAGUUUCCAGUGGACUCUUGGAUGUACUUGAAGUAGCAUUUUGAAUAUUCAUUGAAGAUGACAACACUAUCUUUAGCAUCCGGAAACGUUGGAAACAGAGAAUGCUGCUUGGAAUUUCCUACUUUGUAUUUUACGGAAGGUCCUUUGGGUAGCAAACUCCUCAGAAGAUCAUAUACAAGAAGGUAUGGAUUUUGGUUGGAUGAUCCAAAAGUUCCUCGGAUUAAAAGCAGGAACAGGUUUUGUGUGACUGCAAAGGUUAAAAAGUGGAGGAAGCACGAUUAUCCUUGGCCGGAUGAUAUUGAUCCAAACAUUCAAAGUGGCCACUUGACUUAUCUGUCUUCCUUCAAGCCUCUGGCUGAGAAACAGAAACCUGUCACACUUCCAUUUGAGAAGCCUUUGGUUGAUUUAGAGAAAAAGAUUAUUGAGGUCCGUAAUUUGGCUGAUGAAACCGGUUUAGAUUUCAGUGAUCAAAUUAGCACCCUUGAGAACAAGUACCAGAUGGCUCUUAAAGAUUUGUACGCACAUUUAACACCAAUUCAGCGAUUAUCAAUUGCACGACAUCCCAAUAGACCGACAGUUCUUGAUCAUAUAUUAAACAUCACAGAAAAGUGGGUAGAACUCCAUGGAGAUCGUGGGGGUUAUGAUGAUCCAGCAAUUGUUACUGGCAUUGGGAGCAUUGAAGGUAAAAGCUACAUGUGUAUAGGACAUCAGAAAGGUAGGAAUACCAAAGAGAACAUUGCUCGCAACUUCGCAAUGCCAACACCUCAUGGCUACCGGAAGGCUUUACGGUUGAUGAAAUAUGCCGAUCAUCAUAGUUUGCCUAUUCUUACUUUUGUUGACACUCCUGGGGCAUUUGCUGAUCUAAAAUCUGAGGAACUUGGUCAAGGUGAGGCGAUAGCCCAUAACCUGAGGACAAUAGUACCUUUCUGGUGUAUAGUUUUGAUACCCGUUUCACAUAACCCAAAAAUAUUUUAUUUUCCUAUAAUAUGUGUAGAUCCUAUAAUAGAUUUACUUUUUGUACCUUUCUCCCUGAUCAGUCCUGAAGCCUGUGCUGCAAUCUUGUGGAAAUCCUCCCAAGCAGCUCCUAAGGCUGCUGAGAAAUUGAGAAUCACAGCUCAAGAACAUUAUAGGCUCAAAAUUGCUGAUGGAGUCAUCCCUGAGCCUCUUGGUGGUGCACAUGCUGAUCCUGUAUGGGCCUCCCAACAAGUUAAGUUUGCAAUAAUCCAGGCAAUGAAGGAACUGUCAAACAUGAGUUCAGAAGAGUUGAUCCACCACAGAAUGCUGAAGUACCGACACAUUGGCGGUUUCCAAGAAAGCAUUCCCAUUGAUCCAAAGAGAAAACGCGAGAUGAUGCCAUCUCAAACCAACCUGCCAAAGCCUGGUGACAUAGAGUCCGAACUUGAGGAUCUAAAGAAGAAGAUUCUAAAAGUAAAAGGCCCAUCUGAUCCAAUCACUGCUCAAGCAAUUGGGAAACUCAAACAAGAUUUUGACAAAGAGAUAACCAAUGCAUUCAUCUCCAUGGGCUUAGAACAAAAGCUUGAAUCACUCCAGCUAGAACUCUCCAAAGCUUCAAAUGGGUCAUCUAAGCAACCACUGAGCAGAAGCCAGAAGGAAAAAGUAGACAAAAUCAUGCAAGAAUUCAAGCAGAAAUUAUCAAAGCCAGGUUCCUAUCUGGGUUUGAAACAGAAACUUGAAAAGCUAGACAUGGUGUACAAGCUCAUUGAGCAGAAGAAGAAAAGUGAAGAACUAAAAACAAAGAUCAACAACAAAAUCCCAUCAGAGACAAAAGCAAAACUGAAACAAUUGAAGGAAAAUUGGGACAAUAUCAUCUCCAAUGAUGCCCCAAUGGACAAAGACCUCGAAGAAGAGCUCGAAAGAGUCAAGAAAGAGCUUGUCAAUGUCUUAAAGACAGCAAAUUUGGAUGUCGUUGGAGUGGUGAAGAAGACAGCCGCCACCCCACCGGCCGAGGUGAGAGAGAAGGUGCGACGUUUGAGAGAGGAGAUCAAUAGGGAGAUUGAGAAGGGCAUAGCAAUGGCAGGGCUUGGUGGGAAGAUUGUGGAGAUGAAAUCAAAAAUGGCGGCGGAUGGGUUGAAUGUGAAAGAGGUUGACAAGCUGAAGGCUGAGAUUAAGGAGAAGAUUGAUGAAGCUUUGGAGGCAUCUGGUUUGAAAGAGAAAGUUGAGAGCCUGAGAAUGGAGCUGGCGUCGUCCAUGGCGGCUACUGCAGAAGGUAUGGUUGGUGUUGAUAAUGGCAGGUUUUAGAUAAUUGCAUAUAAUACAAUGGUUUUAUAUCUUGAUAUAGAGGCAUGAAUUAUUGAGGCUUUAUAAGCAUUGAUUCUAUUCAAUAAUAUAAGAUUUGUAGUA